AUGCCCGCCAAGGCGGAUGGACGUGACGGUUAUCUGACCCGGCCCAAUCAGAGCGUGCACGUGCUACCAAUUGGCGUUCCUGUCUCAAGCGGGUUGUCCACGAGGGCUGCAAAGGUGAUCAUGUCAAACACACCCAAGACGGCGGAGCGUGGGGUGUUUUGGGGGAUGUCGACGACCACCAAGGAUGGUCAGGUGGUGCCGUUCUGGGAUAUCCUUCACCACCGGCCGCCCGCCAUCACACCCCGCUAUCAGUGCGGACGCCAAGGAAAUCGAGGGGUAGCGGCAGUAGCACAGAUGGCGAAGGGCAGAAGCGCCCAUGGCAAGCGCCAAGGGAUCGAUGUGGGCAGGACACCCCCCUUUCCAAGAACAAGAGGCACAACAAACCUGUUCAACCCCACCAACGAGCCGCCGGCGGACGGCUACCUGCAUCAGUGGCAGCAGGCGUCGAGACGGUUCGACUGCCACACGACAGCCACCCGCAGGCAGAUGCGAGAGGCUCUGGGUUCUGGGUUCGCCUACGCGGCUGCCCCGGCCAUGAUCGCUUGA